UGAGCAUAUGUCGUCUCUUUUACUUCCCUACGCAUCUAAAUCGGUUCCUGCCACCACAGACCUGUCUCUACCACUAUCUCAGGUAUGACUCUACCCAACGACUCGUUGCCCGCCCGAAUGAUGUUAUCAUUCACUGUUUUCGCGACUUCCUGAGCGAAGAAACAAAACAUGCACUACCAUCUGAUCCUUGAACCGGCCCUUGAUAUUCCCCAUUACAUACCUGCACCUUUGAAGCUCGGUGUUUCAACUUACCGUUUUCUCCCAAUUUCUGCUGCUGAGCGCUGUGAUGAGAUACCAUACCAAACCAAACCCUGA